AUGACCACGAAUGAAACAACUGAAACCUUACAACAACCACCUUCAUCGUCAUCAUCGGGUCGUUCUUCAUCAAUUAUUAAAUUACUAAAACUACACAAGUCAAACGUAACUCAAAAUAAUAACAAUAACACUUCGAUAAACUCUGUUGAUUCCAACCAGCCAUCCUCACCCAAGAAUCAAUCACCCGAUGAAACUGGAACACUUUCUCCUCUAUCAAAACAAAAAAGUUUAAAGAACUUUCUCAAGGAUAAAAUUUCAAAAGCUUCUCAAUCAUUUAAGGAGAGUCUUUCCACUAGAGAUUUGGCAAAGAAUGAUGAUCAAGCUUUGAUAGACGAUACAGAGAUUAUAGUUGCCUUCAAUGAAGAGGAUUAUCCCCUACCAAUCUCACCAACAAGCCAAUCAGCAACCUCACCUAGGUCAACCGAAGGAAGAGGAAGUUUUUUCAAAAAGAAAAAGACAAAAUUCGAUCCAAGAAACUAUAUGAUCAUUUACGAGGAGGUCAUGAAUAAUAGCGAAGCAAGAGAAGUUUUCAGAAUUUAUCUCAAAAAAGUUGCCUGCAAUGAAGAACCAAUGAUUUUCUUUAACGAGUUGACCAAAUUCAGAAAGGAAUAUCUCAAAUGCAAACAUCAGAUUUUACAAUUGAAAAAUCAACUAGAUGAUUCAAAUUGUCUAGAACAGACUAUGAAAUAUUGUAAACAUGUUUAUGAUCUGGCAAAACAAAUUCUUGGCACUUUUAUCAAAUCUGCAAGUUUGAUGGAACUUAAUUUGGGAAAAUCUCAAAACAAAAUUCUCAAUUAUUGGAAUUCAGAAAUAGAACCAUACAUGUUACAAAAGAUGAGAGAUGUAGUUCCAAAAAGAAAGGGUUCAGUCACUUCGAAUAAUGGUGAUUAUUUAUCCGAAUCUCCACUUAAUCUUCCUUCGAGUCCAGUAAUUAAAGGAUCAGCAAUACUAGUAACAGAGGUUUCUCCAGUGAGAAUGUAUCCUUCAUUGAGUGAAGUGAAAACUAUUACGUACAAUGAUUUAAUUCGAAUUUUCAACAUGAUGGAUCCAGAAAAAGUAUUCGAAAAGGCAGUGUUUGCUGUUGAGCUAGAUUUGAAGAGUGAUCAAUUCCCUCGAUUUGCCAGAUCGAAAGAACUCUUUGAAUUCUUAGAGAAACAAGGAGAAAACUUUACAAGAAGUAUUGCUGUUGAUAUAUCAAGAGGUUACAAUAUUGAUAUUCGAUACAAAUUGAAAGAUUUUAAUAAGGUUCAAAUAUUGGAAAGGGAUUUAUUGUUUUCUUUAACAAUGGCAGAGGAUUCUCCUGAUUGGGAUUCGAUUAAAUCGUCCAAAGUUUCAAACAAGACACAACUUUACAAUUCCAAGACAACUUAUUCAUUUGGAGAACAAAACGAAGCAAUGAAACUUUUCAAAAUGUCAUCCUUGAUACCCUAUCCAUUGGAAGAUGUUUGGAAAGUUUUCAAAGAUUUGCAAUUGACCCAAAAAGGAGCUGUAACUCCCACCAGUGUUGAACUAGUUCACUACUCACCAUGUGGAACACUAGUUGACAAGGAAAACAUUUUUGAAAAGGCAAGCGACCCUUCCCAAGGAAAGGAAGUUCCCCUCUCCCUACAAUUCUCCAAAUGUUUGAUUGAUUCCAAAAUUCCAGGUGUGAAAUCGAGAGAUUUUCCCAAUUUACAAACAACUGUUUUCGAUGAAGUUUUGGAUGGUUAUAUUAACUUUGGUCAUACGUGUAAAUAUCCUGGCUAUUCACCGCCAAAGGAUUCUGUUAUAUUUGAUGGACUAUUCAUGUAUAUUAUUAGAAGGGUCAAUGAGAAGGCAACUCGUUUGAUUCAUGUCAUUUAUGUGGACUAUCAUUUACCUUCUCAUAUUUCAAAACUAAUGUCAACUAAAUUGUGGAAAGUUAGGGCAGCCCAUUUGGAGGAAAACAUGUUGAAUGCCCUUAAGGAACAUACCUCGAAUGGAAGAAGACCAGUUCCUGACUCGCUCUCAGAUAUUCUCAAGUAUGAACAGAGUGUUCAAGAUAAUGCUCUCAAAUAUUCGAAACAUUCAUGGUACCAGGAGUAUCUCAAUAUUCUCAAUAAUCCCAUUCAAACACUUCCAAUAAAAGAAAUGCAGUAGAUCAAACAACACUUUCUCAA